AAACGAAAUGUGUUGAAAAAUAGCAACGAAGUUACCAUUUUUUAAAAAUAAUAAUUACAAAAUUUUUAUUAUUCUUAACGUGUUAAGUUCAAUAGAAGAUAAUGAUAAUGUUAUGUAGUUACCAAAUAAUCCUGCAAAGAGUGUACAAGUACUGUAUAGUUGAAUUUAUACGCAAGGUGGUGCAAUUUAGGAGCCGGUGCGAUAUCGGCAAUUUUAUUUUAUGCUUUAUGAAAUAGAAACAUUACUUUCUGUCGAUGUAAAUUAAAACAUUAAAUGAAUCAAAUAACUUAACAGGUGAAGGUUCCAGUGUUCAACAAUAUUGUCAAAGAGGAAUCUGCUACUGAGAAUAACACUUGUCUUGAUAUGACGACAGAAUUUGCAGUUAAACGAACAUUGGCAGUCCGUAUCUGCAGAGAACUGGAAUUCUGCGACACGAACGCUUGUAUCAGAAAGUGCUGUCCCGAAGAUACAUAUACUUAUGAAGGCGAUUGCAUUAGACUCCCUGUACCUAAUGAACUGGGAGAAUUUCACAAUGCUCUUGCAAACGCUGUGAAUCAGACGAACACGUUCACUUUCGACACGACCAAAGGUUACGGGGUUUUGAUUCAGUUUCCGUGUGAAGUAAUGCACCAUACCUGGGAUCCAAAUGAUUGGGAAGAAUAUAUGUUACUGACAUCAAAUGGACAUGUUUUCAUCCUAAAUCAUGAUACAAACGAUAGACACUGCUUCGACGUCAUGCAUAACGAAUUCGACAACUCUUCUUAUUUUGAUUUUUUUGUGUGACGUAUACAGUGAAAUUGUCCCUGAUAAUAGGUAUAUCUUUUCUAUUACCUUAGCUACAAAAUGUGAUAAAUGUAUAUAAUUUUUUGCGAUAACUGUAUAUAAUUAUCAUUUGUGUACAUUUACCAACUGCUAUUCCAUUACUAGUUUCACUUUUCAGCUACAUCUCUGUUGAUGUGAACGAAUUGAGAGAUUGUAUUAAUAUGGGAUUUCUCAAUGGUUUGUGAUAUCAAAAAUUUGUUUCGGAAAAGUAAAUUUGUGUUGAUUUUCUAGUAAUUAAUUAAAAUCCAAUGCAUUAUAUUAGACUUUCGUUAACAAUGCUAGCGCAUUAUUAUGCAUUCAGGCUCUUAUUCCUUCUACCGCAAAUAUUUUUAAUUUUGAUUAAUUUCGACAGAUUUAAUUUGUUUAAAUUUUACAAUCUCAAACAAUAAUAACAUGUCGUAACAUGUCGAGUACCAUAUAAUUACAAAGUACUCGAGUAUUCGAGAGCUAUAAAUAUUUUAGUUAUAUAUAUACGCGGCACAAGAAGAAGCAUUAUUUAAUGUAUAGAAAAUUCAUGAAAAUAAUGUCAGAUCAAUUUUUGAGCGUUAGAUAAACGUGUCACAUUUGUAUAUCC